AUGACGACGACCAUUCACCACAAGCAGAUGGUGCAGGAGCGCAUGUCCAUGGAGUUCAGCUCUAGCUCCACCACCCACGUGCAGACCUUCUCCCAGACAACCAAGAUCAUGGGAGAGGAAGUGACCAGAAAAACCUCAAGCACGGUGGAGUUCUUCAGCUUGGUGAGCCGGAGCACAGACAUCCCUGCUGGGGAGAGCGUCCCUGAAUUCGUGGAGAAGCCCCGCCCGGUCACCUCACCGGAGGGAGACAAAGCUGAGUUCCGAGCCCAGGUGCAGGGGAAGCCCAAACCCAACAUCACCUGGAAGAGGGAGAGUGGCCUCCCCAUCAAGGAGUCCGCCAAGAUUUUCUACGACAGCAUCAACAAAGAGCACGUGCUGAAGCUAGAGCCACUGACCUCCGAUGACUCUGACAACUACAAGUGCAUUGCCAGCAACGAUCACGCGGAUGCCAUCUACACCGUGUCCCUGUUGGUGACGGAGGGUCAAGAUAAAAUGGAUUUCAAAAAGAUGUUGAAGAAAAGGGCUCCCCCUGCUCCUAAGAAAAAGCAGAAGAAAGUGACAGAUGAGAAAGAAAUGUUGGAGAUUUUGUCCAAGGUGCCUAAGAAAGACUUUGAGAAGGUCUGCAUGGAGUACGGUUUCACGGACUUCCGGGGUCUGCUCAAGAAGCUCAAAGAGAUGAAGAAGAAAGUGGAGGUGGAGGCCAUCCGGAUUCUGAAGCCCCUGGAAGACAUCGAGACCAAGAUUGACACCACGGUAACCUUUGACUGCAUCUUGGAGCUGAAGGACCCCAAUAUCAAAAUGAUAUGGAUCAAGGGUACUGAGCCACUGAGGAUCCAGUACUCCCUGGGCAAGUACGAUGUGAAGCAGAUGGGCACCAAGUAUAUGCUCAUCAUUACCAACGUGAAUAUGAACGACGCGGGCAUCUACAGCCUGUCCGUGGGCGACAAGAGGAUGAGUGCAGAGCUCACAGUGCUGGACGAGCCGCUAAAGUUCCUGGGAGAGAUGCAGCCAGUGAAGGUGACGGAGCGCCAGACAGCCGUGUUCGAGAUCCGCCUCUCCAAAAAAGUGCCCAACUUUGUGUGGAAAUUCAAUGGGAAGGAACUGAAGAGAGAUGAGAAAUAUGAAAUCCUGGUGUCUGAGGACGGUCUGACCCACACACUGAAGAUCAAGGACGCCAGACUCAGCGACAAGGGCGAGUUCUCCGCCGAGGCGGGGGGCCUGGUACAGAAGGCCCAGCUCACCAUUGACCGCAUCCCCAUCAAGUUUGUAAGUACCCUCAAAAACGUGCGGGUGAAAGAGCGGAGCCGAGCGUGCCUUGAGUGUGAGCUGACGUCCAAGGACGUGACCCUGCGCUGGAGGAAGGACGGGCAGCUGCUGGAGCGGAGCAACAAGUACAGCAUGAACCAUGAGGGCAAGCGGGCAGAGCUAAUCAUCGAGGACGCCCAGCUCAGCGAUGGCGGCGAGUACACUGUGGUGGCCAUGCAGGACGGGGACCCCACGGAAUACUACAGCACUGCCGUGGUCACCGUGGAGGAGCGUCUGGCCACGGUGAAGAGCGGCCUGUCCGACGUGCACGCGGCCACGGGAAGCCCCGCCGAGCUGUGCGUGGUGCUGAACGACGAGAAGGUGGAGGGCGUGUGGCUGAAGGACGGCAAGGAGAUCACGGACUUCACCGGCAUUCAGGUGGUGAAACAGGGCGCAGUACACAAACUCAUCUUCCCCAAUAUGGGCCCCGAGCACGAGGGCAAGUACACGUUCCGGGCCAAGGGCGCCGAGAGUGAGGCCUCGGUGUUCAUAGCAGAUCCCCCCACCAUCGACCCAUCGGUGCUGGAGGCCCUGGCCGCGCACCCCGUGACCGUGAAGGUGGGCCACACGGCACACAUCAAAGUGCCCUUCCGGGCAAAGCCGCUACCCAAAGUGACGUGGUAUAAGGACGGCGUGGAAGUGACAGAGGAGGAGCGCGUGUCCAUGGGGCGAGGGGAGGAUCAGGCGCUGCUCACCAUCUCACACUGCGUGCGCGAGGACAGCGGGGUCAUCCUGCUCAGGCUCAAGAAUGACCACGGCACGGCCACAGCCACGUUGCAUCUCAGUGUGCUAGACCGUCCCAAGCCUCCACAGGGCCGGGUGGAGUUCCUCGAGCUCUCGGGGAACUGUGUGCACAUGAAGUGGAAAGCCCCAAAGGACAAUGGGGGGCGACCUGUGACACAAUUCAUAGUGGAGCGGAGAGCCGUCGGCAAGAAGUCCUGGAUUAAGAUAGGCGAGGUGGGCAGCAAAGUCACCAACUUCUCCACCAACAAGGUGGAAGAGGGAAAGGCAUACCAGUUCCGGAUCAUGGCAGUCAACUCAGAAGGUGUGAGCGACCCACUGGAGACUGACGAAGUGUUUGCCGGAAAUCCCAUCGAGCCACCCGGUCUGGCCUCGCAGCCCCAAGUGUCCGAUGUGACCAAAGAGGCUAUUACCAUCACAUGGAACACCCCCACUCAGGAUGGGGGAGCCCCCGUGCUUGGCUACAUUGUGGAGCGCAGAAAGAAAGGCAGUAACCUGUGGGUGCCAGUCAACAAGGACCCCAUCCAGGACACCAAGUGCACUGUGGAUGGCCUACUGGAGGACACGGAAUAUGAAUUCCGAGUCAUAGCUGUGAAUAAAGCAGGCCCUGGACAGCCCAGUCUGCCAUCCGCCUCGGUGGUGGCCAAGGACCCCGUCAAACCCCCAGGGCUGGUGCAGGGCCUACAUGUGUCAGAUUCCUCCAACUCCAGCAUCUCCCUGGGCUGGAAGGAGCCUGCAGAGGGAGACCCGCCCUCUGGCUACAUCCUGGAGAUGCGGGCUGAAGACAGCAAGGAGUGGUCCAAGUGCACCAAGAUCCCCAUCUCAGGCACCUGCUACACAGUGGGCGGCCUGACGGAGAGGCAGAAAUACUUCUUCCGGAUCCGGGCUGUGAACGAGGCUGGGGUCGGAGAGCCUGUGGAGUUGGAUGAGGGGGUCCGUGCCAUGCCACCUCCAGCGGCCCCCAAGUUUGACCUCAGUGCCCGGCUGAAGAGUCACAUGGUGGUUCGUGCGGGCACAGCCCUCUGCAUCCAUGCAGCCUUCUCCGGCUCACCACCACCCAAUGUGAUCUGGCAAAAAGACGGCAUCCCUACCAAAGGCCGGGAAGCCAUCACCAAGAGCAAAAACCACUCGCAGUUCCUCAUCAACAGCACCAAGCGCUCGGACUCGGGGGUGUACCGCAUCUUGCUCCAGAAUGAGUUUGGAGAAGCACACUACGACAUCCACGUGCGCGUGGCAGAUAUCCCCCGGCCACCAACCAACCUGAAGCUGUUUGAGGAGGUUCCCAACACGGUGACUCUGACAUGGAACCACAGCCCCGAUGUGCAGGAGGACGGCGAGGCCCACUACAUCAUCAUGAAGCGGGACGCCAGCACCGCCACCUGGUUCACGGCCGCCGAUCGGGUCUUCAGCAACAAGUACACCGUGACCGGGCUACUCCCAGGCCGCAAGUACUACUUCCGAGUAGUGGCCCGAAACGAAAUUGGUGACAGCGACCCACUCGACUCCAAGGAUACCUGGCUUAUCAACAAGGAUGAGAUUGAAGACUUGAGCACCAAGCUGAAGCCCUAUGAGCAGAAGGACUGGCGCCACGCACCGCGCUUCCUGACCCCGCUCAAGCCGCACACGGUGCUGCGCGGCCAGGACUGCACCAUGACCUGCGCCUUCCUCGGGAACCCGCGGCCCACGGUGACCCUCUACAAAGGGGACGUCAACAUCACGGCCAACUCCAAGUUCUGGUACAACUCCACCAGCGGCGUCUGCACCCUGGUCAUCCCCACCUGCACGCUCAAGGACAGCGGCAACUACAGUGUGUUGGUGGAGAAUGAGCUGGGCAAGGACCGUAGCAGCUGCGAGCUCACCGUCUACGACAAAGAUGACAAGACAAUUCUGGCUUCAGUCACCGAGAGUCUACAAAAGAAGUCGAAGUACCUUAUGUGAGCCCCACCUGGCGGAGCAUCAGGAGACAGCUGAGGUGGGAGUUUGUGGGUCUGCCCACUGUGCUG